GCGAGUUUCAGGAAAUCUUCUAUUUGUUAAUUGUGUAAAAACGUGGUCUUCAAUGCGUGUUACUACUGAAAGUAGUAAAUAUUAUAAAAGUAUCCUUAUAUCUCUCUAUUGCAAGUCACCAAUCCCCUCCCUUUUACUCUCUCCUUCACCAUUCUAACUUCUAAGACGAGGGGGAGGAGAAUGUUCACCCGUUUAAAAAGAAGACUAAGAAUAAAUCGCCAGUCAGUCGCGAUGACGAUCAUCUCAGGUGGGAUGAUAUUUGUAUUCACAGUGCUCCUGCAAUAUCUGUGUUUCAACAACGCCGAAACUUUGAGUUCCCCGUGGCAUUAUGAGUGCAAGGCAGGAUUUUGUCAGAAAUUACCAAUCACAUCGAAUGUCACUAUACCACAAUCCCUCCCCGUUUGCCAAUUAUUUUGUGGUGAUUCUGGUACCCUAUGGCCAAAGCCCACAAAACACUAUUCCAUCGAUAAUCUGACAGUUCAUUUAAACCCACAAAAUAUACAAUUUUCUGGAAUUAAAUCAAGUACCCAAACUGGUAAUCUUUUGCAAAGAAAUAUCGAAAAAUUGAAGGAAAAUAUUCGACGUUUUGGUGCAAGAAAAUCUCAAACAGCCGGCAGCGCUUUAGUAAUUGAUUUUGUAAUCGAAUCUGAUGACAUCUUUAGGAACCUCGAAACGAAUGAAAAUUAUAUUUUACAUUUAACUCAAAACAAAAACGGCAAGGUAGAUGCGACGAUAACUGCACAAAACUACUUUGGUGCUCGUUAUGGUUUAGAGACCCUCUCGCAAUUGAUAGUUUUGGAUGACCUUCGAGAUGAAAUUCAUAUUGUAAAAGAAGUUCAUAUUGAGGAUGGGCCAGUAUUUCCCUAUCGAGGACUUUUGCUGGAUACGGCUCGAAAUUUCAUGGAUAAAGCUUCGAUUUUGCGAACCAUCACCGGAAUGUCUAUGUCGAAAUUAAAUACCUUCCACUGGCAUAUUACAGACACACAUAGUUUUCCUUUCUUCAGCAAAACUUGGACCAAAUUUUCAGAAUAUGGAGCCUAUUCUCCUCAAAAAGUUUACACCGAAGCUGAUGUUCAAGAAAUUCUAGAUUUUGGACUUCUGAAUGGUGUCAGAGUUUUGCCAGAAUUCGACGCUCCUGCCCAUGUGGGCAAUGGCUGGCAAUGGGUUGGAGGUGAUUCAGUUGUUUGCUACAAUGCAGAUCCUUGGAGUGCGUAUUGUGUCGAACCUCCUUGCGGACAAUUAAACCCCAUCAGCGAGAGGAUGUAUGAAGUUCUUGAAGGACUUUACAAAGAUUUUGUUGAAGAUUUCCGUCCCGAUCUUUUUCACAUGGGUGGGGAUGAAAUCAAUACAAAUUGUUGGAAUUCUUCCUCUUCUAUUCAAAAUUGGAUUAAAGCCCACGGCUUGGACCCAGACGAAGAAACUUAUUCCAAUCUCUGGAAGAAUUUCCAAGAUCGGGCCUACAAUUUAGUCACGAAGGCCAAUGGUGGAAAAGAAAUCCCGGCUAUUCUCUGGACGAGUGAUUUGACAAGUGAAAAAAAUAUUGAUUACUUGGACCCGAAAAAAUAUAUUGUACAAAUUUGGACUUCGUCUGAUGAUGCAACUAUUAAGAGACUGCUAGAUAAGAAUCUUCGAGUGAUCUUUUCUAAUUACGACGCUCUUUACUUAGAUUGCGGAUUUGGAGCAUGGGUUGGAGAAGGUAAUAAUUGGUGCUCACCAUAUAAAGGAUGGCAAUUGAUUUAUGAAAAUUCACCUUAUCAUAUCAUUGCUCAACAAAAAAUUGCAGACAAUAAGCAGAAAUUAGUUCUAGGUAAUAAUUUGUCUUUCAGUUAG